GCUCACCUGGCCGGUUGAGAGCACGGGUAGGGCGAGGGAGCUGCACAGGGGGAGCUGCUCCUGCUCAGCCGGCCAGGACAUCCUCCACUGCUCAGCUCCAGUUCAGUAACAAUGUGUGCAAUAACCUUUCCGUCCUGCUACCACGUCGUUCCAUCCACCCUGGCUACGGGCAGCCCGGUUACAAAGCAAGCCCAUGCUCUCUGAGGACACGCACUUUCGGAAAUAAGUAAACAAGCGUUGCCCCUCAUCUUCGCCCGCUGUGAGCCAAAAGCUUCCAUUGGAAUCGCAGUGUCUGCAAACCUUGGGACAGCAAAGUGUCUUGCAAAGGAGGUGGAGAAAUAUAACCAGGAUUCCUUGUGGUGUCUUAACUUCCCUUGGACUUCUUACAGCCUCACCCAGCAUUGUAACUCCAUCCCUCGUGCUUCUCGGUUUACGGCAGGUGAAGGAAGGCAUGCCCCAAACGCUGACUUCUACCAGUAUGUUUACCCCAUGUGGCUUCAGCCCUCAUCUACAUACUUCGAAAGAAGGCGAACAAGGAGGGCUGAUCUUCCAGGAUGGAAACCUUACCUCAGCAUCUCUGGAUGCUCUAAUCCAGCAUCUGAUACCUACCACUGAUUACUACCCUGAAAAAGCCUAUAUCUUUACAUUCCUGCUGAGUUCCAGACUCUUCAUCGAACCCCAUGAGCUUUUGUCCCGAGUUUGUCACAAGUGCAUUGAGCAGCAGCGGCUGGAUGACCCCGUGCUGGACAAGGCUCGAAUCAGAAAAUUUGGACCCAAAAUCUUACAGUUGCUGACAGAGUGGACAGAGACAUUCCCGUAUGACUUUCAGGAAGAGCGGAUGAUUGGCCAUCUGAAAGACAUGAUUCACAGGAUAGCCCCAUGUGAUGAGGCUUACUGGAAAAAGAUGAAUCAGCUUUUGCAAGCCCUGAAUCAAAAGCUUGCAACCCUCAGCCAUGGGCAAGAAGGGAUUGUCAAGAUCAGUACUGCUGUCUCUGAUAAGCUGGUUGCCUUUAAAACUAAACCUCCAUCAAUUCAGAGAGAAAUCCUGAGUGUCUGCAGUGACCCUUACACCCUGGCUCAGCAGCUGACACAUGUGGAGCUGGAAAGACUAAGUCACAUUGGACCUGAGGAGUUUGUGCAGGCGUUUGUACAUAAGGACCCUCUGGAUGGCACCAAGACUUGUUUCAAUGAGCAGAAGAAGACAAGUAACCUUGAGGCCUAUGUGAAAUGGUUCAAUAGACUCUGCUAUCUCGUAGCAACAGAAAUUUGCAUGCCUGCAAAAAAGAAACAGCGAGCACAAGUCAUCGAAUUCUUCAUUGACGUUGCCCGAGAGUGCUUUAACAUAGGAAAUUUUAAUUCACUGAUGGCAAUCAUUUCUGGAAUGAAUAUGAGUCCAGUUUCCAGGCUAAAGAAGACUUGGUCAAAAGUGAAAACAGCCAAAUUUUUCAUUCUCGAGCACCAGAUGGACCCUACUGGCAACUUCUACAACUACCGGACAGCGCUGCGGGGAGCUGCCCACAGGUCCCUCACCGCGCACAGCAACAGGGAGAAGAUUGUGAUCCCCUUCUUCAGCCUACUGAUCAAAGACAUUUAUUUUUUGAAUGAGGGAUGUGCUAAUCGCCUUCCAAAUGGACACGUCAACUUUGAAAAAUUCCUGGAACUGGCUAAGCAAGUAGGAGAAUUUAUAACAUGGAAACAAGUGGAGUGUCCAUUUGAGCAAGACCCUAACAUCAUCCACUACUUGCACAGCGCUCCCAUUUUUACUGAAGAUGGCUUGUAUCUGGCUUCCUAUGAAAGUGAAAGUCCAGAAAACCAGACAGAAAAAGACAGGUGGAAAUCCUUAAGAUCCACUAUUUUAGGAAAGACUUGAAGAUUGAGAGAAUAUUGCAGUAGGUCAAGGAAAAGAAAUCCGCAAACAUUUUGCACUACUGAUUCCAAAGAUGCCUGUUUGGGAUUUAGACAAUUUCUUUUGUUUGAGUUUUUUUGUUGGGUUUUUUUGACUGCCUAACAUGAUGGAUGAACUGGAUUCAUCCACUGAAAUCAUCAGAACUGUGUGCACAAUGAUGCUUUUCUAACUGUGAGACAGAGAGAGGAAGGACAAACAGACUAUUUGUGGCUGUGCCCAAACUGCGUCAGGAUCACUGUAAUUUUGCCUCUGAAGGAAAAUGCAGGAAGACCAGGAGCAGGGAGAAUCAUGGUACUGCAACAGAGAAUGGAAAAGUAUAAAAAAGGAAAGCAAAAAUACACAAGAGUAUUUCAGAAGCAGGUGCUUCAGACAGAAGUUCUUUAAACCUCUGAGGAUUGUAAAAUUAAAUCAAAGACAGACAACAGCAAUCUGGUUAAUUGCUGAAUGAAGAAAAAAGAACUUAAUCUUGCAUUAGCAGUCCCCCAGCCUUGUUGAACAAAGCACUGACUGCUGCAGGUGUGAGCUUGCAGGGAUGAGGACUGACGCCGCUCACAUACACGUCUGUCACACACAGGCAACGACAGCAUGGGACCCCGUCCUGACCCCGUGGGUUUUUACAGAGAGCAGCCAGGAGUGCGACUCUUGCUUAGUUAAUCUCCCCACCACUGUUGUUGCUUUCUUAUUGUGAAUCUGGGCUGGUCUGAGUGAGGAGGGCACAGAGAGUUGAUGGUGCUGCUUGAAGACAUCCCCACCACUUCUGAGGUUGAAUGAAGAAGCAAAUGACUCUGGACUCAGCUUACCUCUAUUUAAUGUAUGUAGUGUAUUCCCUAAAUUUAUUGAUGCUGAGUUGCAUCUUUUAAGGGGUCUUACGCACUCAAAGAAAAAAGGUACUGCAUUGCCAUUUCUAUCAGGUUCCAAUUAACACAGUACUGUUUGUUUUGUAACAUAAUACUUAGGAGGAUGGGGGGUAAUUGCUCUGAACUUGGGAACUACAUGGUAUGCUUUAAAAGGACAAAGGGUUUCAGACUGGAAUGAAUGCACUAAAGAGUUUGUCAUUCAUGAGCAGAUAACCAUUUUUGUCUUUUUUACUUUUAGUGUGUAAAAGUUCACGUUUCCUUACAGGUAACAUGAAAUAGGGACUAUGUCUUGUGUUUAAAGUUGUACAAUAAUCAAGGUGCUACUGUAAUAGAUACAUUAAAUGGUAAUGAACUAUAUUAGAUUCAAAACUAAGCCCUAACAAUAGACUAAUUGUUUGUGUGUGGAAGGAAUGUUCCUAACUGCCCCAGAAAAUAUCUCAAAAAGCUUAAAUGAAACCUAAAUUCCACAUAAUACUGAACUUUGCAUUUUUAUUACUGACUUGGUGCUACCUUUUCAAAGGUUCUAGUCCUUCUCUCCCUACAACAGAAGGAUGUAACCCUUUCUUUGAUAUCAGUAAUAAUUUUAUUUCAGCACAUAGUGAUUCCAAGUGGCUGUAGUGUUUUGAAAAAUUAGGGUAAUCACAAAACUUGGCUGUGUUGGCCUAUUCAGCCAGAAAAGUGGAACUGUUCCUUCCCUCUGCAUGGCCUCGAAGUUGUCUGUGCCUGAGUGAGCUGUUGACCUGGAGGCCUUGGCAGCUGGUGUUUGGUGCACUCCAGGUGUGAUGUGUCUGCAGAGCAGUUCUGUGUUGGGUUAUGGCCUGUGGGAGCCCAGUCUGGCUCACUGAAUCCACUUGUCCUUGCUGAGCUGAGGAUGGAUUCUUCUGGUUUUGCAAACAGGGCUUGAGGCAGAACUUCAGGUCUCCUUUUCCUGCAGAUGUAUCAGCACAUGGAUUCAGAUGAGAGGACAUAAAAAUGUGUUUAGUCGAGCUUUGUAUGGAAGAACUAAGUGGAAGGAUGGUGCAGCAUCAUUGCAGCAACGGAAUGAUGACUGUUCUGCUGAUACUGUGAAUUUGCUGUUUAAUUUUUGUACGUGUUGUUCUGCUUCUUUGAGUGGAUUCACUCCCUGACAGCUGCUUGAAUUAAUGCUACAGAGAGACCAGAGCAAAACUAGACCGGUAGGUCUGCUGUGUUGGUAACAAACCCCUAAGCUGGUAAGAUGUGAAUGUGGCACAGUCUUGCAGAAGCAUUAACUCAGCUUCUGGUAUAUCGCAGUGUUUUAAAAGACCCAAAUACAUGAAAUCACUUCUGCACCUCCUCCAGUGUAAUCAGAAUGGUAGCAGAAGUCACAUUUUUCCAUUUCUUGAGUGUGCCAUCCUGCACUGCAGGGCUAUUAUAAAGCUCAGUGGAAAGCAAGGAGGAAAUUUUGUGCCUUCAGCUUGUGUGAAGUCAGUAGAUGAACUUGCUCAAUGCCUUUCAAAAAACCUUUAAUCAUACAAUGUUUCCCUCAAUUUCACAUCAGCAUUGGUCACAUUACUGAAUUAAAGGUGCAUGAAUGUCGGGCAGCUGGGCAUGACUAAAUUUUCAGGGCAGAAACCCAAAAUGAGUCAAGCACUCAAGUACCCUGUGCACCAGAGUACCCUGAUUAGACUGUCAUUAUUCCCUCUCCUAGGCAAUGAACACGGUCCUGUUGUACAUCUCUGGAAGCUCCCCAUGUGGAUAGAGCAAACUGUGAUCUCAGCUUCUGCUGAGGUGUCACUUUAAAAAAGUGCGAACAGCUGCUAAAGCACUUCAAAUAAGAAACAAUUUAAAUGUAGAGAUAUUUUUCUCAGCUCGAGAAUAUUUUAUGAUGUGAUCAGUGGUGAUAAGAUAAUCACUAAAAUUAAUCUUGUCCCUUCCUGAUAUCUUGGUUAUAUCAUCAUGGGGUUUUUUUGCAAUAGUAUAUCCACCUUUUAUUGAAGCACAUGAGCACUGGUUUGCACAUGACUGUAAAUCCAGUUUAGAACAGAGCUCAGAUCACUGAAUAUGUAAUUGGAAUUAUCAACCGAAAAGACACAUUAGUAGAAAAGAUAGUUAUGCAUAUCAAUGUAAAAAUGUUACAAAGUUAACAGUCUCUGGCCUAGCAAUGAGUUCUAGUCCUGUGUUCCAUGGAAUGAGACUGAUUUCAAGCACAGCAAUGUGCCAGAGGGAAAACUCCAAUUAAUUUUGAUGAGCUUUGGAGCAAUCCUGCAAUUAUUAACUGUAGUACUGUUUUUAGUUAUUCACAGGUAUUAAACUGUAUUGCCAGUUGGUGUAGCCUCUGUGCCAAGUGCAACUCUCAGACAGGAGGUGCAGUUAAUAGGGUGGAAGUCCAGCCGUAGCAAAAGUUUCCUUUGACGUUGAAGUUUCAGCAGCAAAUUCAAGGACUAAAUCUGAUCCAAUGAAUUAAUUCAUGUCUGAGAACAAAAUUUGGCUUUCUGGCUUUAAGAACCUUUUUCUCUUUUUAUACUGGUAGAAAUUAGCCAUACUGUCUCAAAUUACUCUCUCAUUGGAAAUUAAAUUCCCUUUGAUUGUGAACUGAUUAUUUCCAUUGUUGUAGCUGGGGUUAGGGAGUGACAAGGGAAAAAGGAAAAGCCCCUUUGUUACUGCUCAGAGACUUGAGUGUGGGCCAUAGCUGUCUUUUCUUUUGUCCUUUCUAACGUUACCUGUGGAGUGGAAUUCCUCUGUAGGUGGGGCAGGGCAUUCCUGAAGUGUGGCUGGGGAGCAGCACACACGUGCCCAGCUCGGGAUGGCAGCACAGGCACCAUCAGGGACACACUGGGGUGAUGGGGUGAUCCUGGACAAAGCUGCGUGCACAUUCACAUCUGAGCCUGCAUUCUGCUUUCUUGGAAGUUUACCUGAGGCAAAGCCUACUAUACUUCCUUAUCCACCCAACAGAAUGAUGAUGAGAAAAUUCUUUGAAUGAAAAGAGGUUUUUUCUCUAGUGGAUUUAAAACAGUGUAGAAUUUGAUACUUGGUUGACAGAGAUUUGAAGAUUUAAGAAAAAUAAGUAUUUUUAAAAUUAUGAUAAAUACUUUGAUGGUUGUUAACUUUCAUAUUUCACUGCAUGGCAGCAGAGUGGAACAAAAUAUCUACUCUUAAUACCAAUGGCAGCUGGGCAGGUGAAGGCAGGAGAGUAUACAAUGAAGUACUGGUGCAGAAAAUGUUAUCAAUAAUUUUGUUUGAAUAUUGGCUAGAGCCUGUCCCUUCCCCUGAAACCACUGCUCCCUGCUCUGUGGAGUAGCUGAACCAGUUACCCUUUUUAGAUGGAACAGAUCUAAAGUUUAAUCUGGUUUGUAUUAAUUUCUUUUACAAUUAUUUCUGCAUAUUUUCAGAUAUGCAAAAAAUACUAAGUACAUUAAAGCUAAUGCUCAUACAAGGCAUCACAUCCUGCAUUGUUACAUUAUGCAAGUGUAGCUAGGGAGCAAAUAGCUUGUAUGGCUGAUGUUUCAUACACUCUGCAUGGGUGCAAGACACUGAAACUGCAGCCUCAGCUGCAGAAAAAAAUCUAAGUAUGAGUAACUCCUGCCUAGCCCCCCUGCCCUGCUUCAUGGCCAGCACAGGCUCUAGUGCUGUAAAUUCCUCCCUUGAUGCCUUUCCCUCCAUAGAAGCAGUAUUUUGCUCCAUAAACAGCUCUUGCAAAAUUCCAGUGGAGCAUUUUUCUAGCUCUCUGCCAUACAAAGGCUGUGUAUUCACACUCCAGAUCUGUCAUAACAGAAUAGGAAUCCUUCUCUCAUUUCAUCCCCAUGGCCUUAAAACUGCCAACCCAGAUUAAUAUUGCAGAGUAGCAAUGUUCCCAAGCCUCCUAGAAUGCAGAAGACUUAAGAGUUCAGAGCUCAGGAGUCCUACAAGUUAAAUGUUUGUAAAGGAACCUUCCUUCUAAAAGGUGCAAAGCCCCAUCUGAUGGAAUUCUGAACAGAAAAUUCCAUAUUCCAGCUACCUUUCAGAGAAACAUAACUUCCUCAGUGAACUAUUACUGGUCAGUACUAUAUCACUGCUUUGGUUAUUGAAUUAUGCUUCUAAAAUUCCAGUCUUUUUGAAAUGAAUUAUGAUGGUUUUUUUGAUGAUUGGUCUGUGGGCAAACAGAAUAGAGAAAAAGGGGGCUGUAGUUUAGACUGUUGACAUCAUCUGUAUUUCUUUAGCAGCCCAAGCUGGGUUAUCACUUACUGUCUGUCCUUGCCUUGAACCAGAAGGAAUUGUUCCAAUACAAUUGUCCAGAUUAUUAAAACUUAGUGAAAGAUGCACACACAGAGCUAUUCAAUUCAAGUGUUUCAAAGUCUGAUUCUUAUAAAUGUACAAGUACUUCCCUUAGGGGUCUGUCUGUAAAAACACCAUUACUAGUGCACAACAGAGAUGGAAAAUAAAUUAUCCUCUGAGUUUCAGAACGCUAAGCAAGCAUUGAUCAGCUUAUAAAGGUGAAAAAUUGGAUUUAAGAUUUUUUUUUCACUUUUAGCAACUGUGACUAUCAACUGUCUUAAACCUAAACUCCAAGAACAUAGUAUUCUAAAACUAUUUAGAAUUAUACUAUUUAGUCACAGACCUAAAAGCACAGAGUAAAAAUAGGUAAGCAGAACUGUCUUUAAUUUCAGACUGAGAAAUUAAAAAGUUGCAUGACAGGCCCAGGGUUACCUGGGAAGCAGGUCCUUUCAAAAAACUACCCCAAAAGAAAUCCAAAUUUUGGUUUUAUAUUUCUUCUGGUCUUACUCCUUUUUACUGCUGUGCUUAGAUAAAUGGAAACUAAAUUAUCACUUCAAGUUUUAAAAAGAAUCAAGCUAAGAAAUAAAUAUGGAUUAAAAGAGUGGUAUAUAUUAAUCAUGUGAGUGAUAGCAAUGAGCAACUGUGCUUUUCCUGUAUCUUUUUCAUUAAAUUAAAAGAAAUCAUGUUGUGAUUAGCAUUUUCAGGUCAAAUUGAAAUCUCUCUACCACAGAAUCAUAAAAAUGUAGAAUCAUUUAGGUUGGAAAGGACCUUUAAGAUCAUUGAGUCCAACUUUUGUCCCAUCCAUAAUACUCAAACCAUGUAGCUUUGUUAGAAAUACCCAGAACAAAUACCAACACUUUAUUAAUUGCACAGGCAGGAAACAGUAAAGUUACUUGGAAGUGGCUGUUAUGAUUUUGUGACUGUACAUAGAUCUUACAAAAUAUUAUUGGUAAUAUGCAUCCUGUAGCCCACAUAAACACUGCGAGAAUAGCAUGGUCAUUGUUACGCUUUAUAGCUGUUGUGAAAAAUGUCUUAACCUGCAUUCAUGAUGAUAGUGCCCAUCCUACUCCCAUGCCUUUUUAUACAGUUGUGGUAAGAUUGUUAUGAAAUCCUUUUGUCAGUCAUGUUCCAGCUAACUUACUUAUGUAUAGAAUUUAUAUAUUAAACCCCCCUAAUUUAUACUGUGUUUUAACAGUUUGCCUGGACUGUCUAUGGUUUCUAAAUUUUGUAAUGUGAGUGUCGAAUAAGAAUAAUAAUUAAAAAAAAAAAAAAA